GGAGCCUAGCCGGUCACGUGAGUAAGUUGGAAGAUGGCCGCGCCGGCAGAUGAUGAGUUUGAAGAUGCUCCUGACGUGGAGCCUUUAGAACCAACCCUGAGUAAUGUGAUAGACCAGCGCUCCCUCAGGUGGAUCUUCGUGGGAGGAAAGGGAGGCGUGGGCAAGACGACCUGUAGUUGCAGCUUGGCAGUGCAGCUUUCACGGGUACGGGAGAGCGUUCUCAUCAUCUCCACAGACCCCGCUCACAAUAUCUCCGAUGCCUUUGACCAGAAGUUCUCUAAGGUCCCUACAAAAGUCCGGGGCUAUGACAACCUUUUUGCUAUGGAAAUUGACCCCAGCCUGGGGGUGGCAGAGCUCCCUGAUGAAAUAUUUGAGGAGGACAACAUGCUAAGUAUGGGAAAGAAGAUGAUGCAGGAAGCGAUGAGUGCUUUCCCAGGAAUUGAUGAAGCCAUGAGCUAUGCUGAAGUGAUGAGGCUGGUGAAAGGGAUGAAUUUCUCCGUAGUGGUGUUUGACACGGCUCCCACUGGACACACCCUGCGUCUGCUCAACUUCCCCACCAUAGUAGAGCGAGGCCUGGGGCGCCUCAUGCAGAUCAAGAACCAGAUCAGCCCAUUUAUAUCACAGAUGUGCAACAUGCUGGGACUUGGCGAUAUGAACGCCGACCAGUUGGCCUCCAAGCUAGAGGAGACGCUUCCCGUGAUCCGGUCUGUCAGCGAGCAGUUCAAAGAUCCGGAGCAGACCACGUUCAUCUGCGUGUGUAUCGCCGAGUUCCUGUCACUGUACGAGACCGAGCGCUUGAUCCAGGAGCUGGCCAAAUGCAGCAUAGACACUCAUAACAUUAUAGUCAACCAGCUGGUAUUUCCCGAGCCAGAGAAACCGUGCAGGAUGUGUGAGGCCAGGCACAAGAUCCAAUCGAAAUACCUGGACCAGAUGGAGGAUCUCUAUGAAGAUUUCCACAUUGCGAAGCUCCCUCUUCUUCCUCACGAGGUUCGAGGGGCAGAAAACGUAAACACCUUCUCAAAGCUCCUGUUGGAACCCUACAAGCCCCCCAGCGGGAAGUAGGCAUGGAGAGCGGCACGGGGGGCGAUAUUUCAGAAACCCUCCAGCUGUUUAUAGAGAAGAGUCGGACUGGCUGGAUGGCACUACUCACACAGGAGGGGGGCUCCCUGACCAGCACCCACCCAUGUAACUCCUAAUCACCCCAAGGCUACGUCUAUUUAUUAUAACUGGAUUUAGGGGACCUGACCUUUAAGCCUCCCUCUCGUUUGUUUUAUUUCUAUUGUCUUGGACAGUUGAAUGCCUUUGUUUUUCUGGCUGUCUCACUUUAUUUCUCUGUGUGUCUGUCAGUCUCUUCCUCUCGUCUGUCAGGCCGUCUGGCAGUCUCUUCCUCUCGUCUGUCAGGCCGUCUGGCAGUCUCUCACCUUGUCUCUCUGUGUGCCUGGCAGUCUCUCACCUUGUCUCUCUGUGUGCCUGGCAGUCUCUCACCUUGUCUCUCUGUGUGCCUGGCAGUCUCUCACCUUGUCUCUCUGUGUGCCUGGCAGUCUCUCACCUUGUCUCUCUGUGUGCCUGGCAGUCUCUCACCUUGUCUCGCUGUGUGCCUGGCAGUCUCUCACCUUGUCUCUCUGUGUGCCUGGCAGUCUCUCACCUUGUCUCUCUGUGUGCCUGGCAGUCUCUCACCUUGUCUCUCUGUGUGCCUGGCAGUCUCUCACCUUGUCUCUCUGUGUGUCUGGCAGUCUCUUCCUCUAGUCUGUCAGGCCGUCUGGCAGUCUCCUUGUCUCUCUGUGUACCUGGCAGUCUCUCCUCAUCCCUCUGUGCAUCUGGCAGUCUCUCCUCAUCCCUCUGUGCAUCUGGCAUUCUCUCUCUUUGUCUCUGUGUGUCUGGCAGUCUCUUCCUCUAGUCUGUCAGGCCGUCUGGCAGUCUCCUUGUCUCUCUGUGCAUCUGGCAGUCUCUCUCCUUGUCUCUGUGUGCCCGGUAGUCAUUUUGUCUCUGUGCCUGGCAGUCUCUCACAUUGUCUCUCUGUAUGCCUGGCAGUCUUUGGGAGUCUCUACCCUUUGCAGAACUAAUCCUUUAACUCCCACCAUCCCCAGAUGCGGCAGUAGGAGGUAUUAGUUCAGCAGUCUCUGGGGUGUUCAUGGCCCUCUCUCUUUGGGCCUCUUUCAGCCUGGAGCUCCCUUUGUUUCUGGUAAUCUUUUUGUCUCUCAUGCGUUGUCUAACCCCCCCUUCCCAUAUUAUCUAACCCCCCCCCCCCCCUUAGCCAAGAGAAUGGCACGGUCUGUGUAAGUUCUGAGCAUGACUGCCCCGCAGACUAGAGCUGACAUGUAUUGCAGUUGCACACUGUCCUUUCUGCCUACUGCCCCCUACUGGGCGGCGGGGUGCGGGGCAGUUCUUAAAUUAAACUCUUUGUAAAACAUGUA